ACAGGGAGGGGAUGACACAGCUCUCCAAAAUGCAGGGUUUUGGAGACAGCUCGGUGAGGAGAACACAGCCCCCGGUCUCUUCCCAGGCUCUUCUCUGUGCCGGGCUGGCGGUACGGCUGCUCUCCGCGUCCCGCAGUGGCGCACAGGAUCCGCCAGGGAUCAGGCCAUCACCGGGGAUGAAUCGGAGCCCGCUGCUCCGGCCACGGGAGACUUUAUCAGCAGACAGGGCCCGCCGCGGGGUUUAUGGAGCGCAUCUCUUGUCCCGAGGGCUCCCCUCCUUAGCGCCUCACCCACGGGCGGCUCAGCCUCGCCACUCCCGGGGGGUCGGGACCGUGCUGUUGUCCCGAACGUGGGCUCGUUACCGGGUGCGCAGCACGAACUGACACCUCGAAGCAUUUCUGGUUUUUAUUCUAGCUUGCGCAAAGCAGGGAGCUGGGGGUAACCCACGAAAGUCUAGCUCAGUGAUCAUCAAAACUUUACACUUGCUCUACCUUUUAACAAAGACAUCGGCAUUCCUUGGUUCUCAGCUACAUAACUUUCCUAUUAAUUAGUAUUCAAACCACUACUUGCUAGUAGCAUCUCGCUUCUCGUGCUAAUUAGCCCGCAGGCGCAGUUCUUUUUCCCAGUUGAGUCUGGGGUCCCUUUUAGGGAGGUGGCCAAUGGGUGCCAUCUCGCACUGCCGAAAUUAGAUUUCCCCCCAGUUAAUGCUCCAUUCUCCUGACUUCGGUCCUGGUGGCCCUUAUCCAGACAGCCCGUUCACCUUGACACUGUCUUUCCUUUGCCUUAAAAAAAGAAAAAAUUAUCCGAGGGUGCGACAUCCCCAAUCCUCCCGCACCUGGGCGCGCACCUGGCGCGCAGGGGCGCGGCGCUCGCACCCCGUGCUCACUGCGCAUGCGCUCCCGGCCGUGCCGUGUGCAGCGGGCCGCGGCGCGGGGCCGGCGCAUGCGCGGUUGCCGGGGCGACUGGAACACAACAUGGCGGCCUGAGGGGAGCGCGGGGAGCGGGGCCGGAUCGGGCCCUGCCGCUCAUCCGUCAACCCCGGCAUCUGCGGGACGGCGCGGAAGACACAAACAGAAAUGGGAUAUUUCACAGAGAUGGGCAACAAGAAAACACUAUAAUAAAGUCUGCAGGGUUCAUGAGGCAGUAAUCCCGUCUCAUCUGGCACUCUCUUCACCCUGUGGCAGUUUCCAGCCUCUUUUUCUUGGAUCUAAUGAGCUGGACCAUGUUUCAAAAAUCCACGAAGUGACAGGCACUCCUGGUAACAAAACUCCAACAGUUCAAGCAUCUGAGAAACAGAAGGCACUUGAGUCUUUCCUGAAACAUUUCCAUUUGCCUGCUACAGAAGGAGUAGAAGUGAGGAAAAGCCUGGCUAUGCAGUGAGAGCCCAAGUCAAGCUUCUGUUAUUGGGAUCUAACAAGAACAGCAGUGCCUGAUUUUGCCUUGCUCUGACAAUUUGUAGGAAAACCCCUCAAGGUUUGAGGGCUGCUUUCCUACCAUUUUGAUAUUCUUUUCCUGAAGGGGGUCAAUAUUUAAUUAAAGCAUUGUUCUGGCAGAGCACAGAGAAUGUUCUAUAUUGAACUUCCUAAGUACUUGUUCCUUUUAGAACCUGGUGGAGGAGGAGGUUGAUUAAAAAUAACAUGAAAGGAUUCUUUGAGCUCAAGUAUUAGGAAUGGAAUGUUAUCUACAGAAUUUAAGUUUUCAAACUGUAUUACAAAUGACAGCUAACUGCUGGUUUUUUUGGUUUGUUGUUUUUUUGGGUUUUUUUUUUGUUUUGGUUUUUUUUGGGUUUUUUGGGGUUUUUUUGAUUUAAGGGUUUGGUGGGGGGUUUUUUUUGUUGUUUUCAGUUAGCUCCAGAAAUUAUUCCCCUCCUGCAUUCAGUAACUUCCACCUCAGGUUCUACUGAGAAGGUGCAAAUUGUGCAGUCAUAUGAGAUACUUGAUACUGAUGACACUUUGGUAACUACUGAGUAUUUUUAUGUAACUAUAAUUUAACUCAAAGGUAAACCAACCUUUUAGCUGAUACAAAAGCAAGUAAAACUUAGUUGUAGUUUGCUUCAAGCCAUUGAUCUUAACCUUAAUCCAAAGUCUUAACAGGGACUGAUAUUGCAGCCAGUUACUUAAAAGAGGAGUAAAAUCACUUACAUGAUCAUGCUUCAGAAAUCUGGCACACAGAUCAUCAGUAACAAUUCAACAGAGUAUUUCCUAUUGCUAAAUUAUAUAAGAGUUAAAACAUCCUUAUCUUAAGAUCUUUCUAGGAAAGAAUCUUUAUUCCAAAUUGAUACCAUUGAUUUUAAAAUUCCUGAGAUCUAAAAAUUUGCAUUAAUUAAUUUGAUAUACUUAAAUUUGGUGAUGUGUUAUGGACCAGUUUUGUUAUCUAGAAAACAAGUCUGUGCAAGUCAUACUUAGGGUUAAAAAUCUUCUGCCUAAGUGUGCAUUCUAGACAGGUUUGGCAGAUAACUUUUUUGGAGGUUUUAAUACAUAUGAAAGUUACUCUGCUCAUAUUUGGGAAGUGGUGGUUGUUUUUUUUCCAUAACCAAACACUGGGCUCUGGUGCUGCUGUUCAAAAACCCAGCCAUGAGCAGGAGGUAAAGGGCAUUUUGUGAGAGGUACUGCUGUGGGGAGGCACCAUGGAAAAUGGGGCACUGGGGAGGGGCACAUCACAUCCACGUCACUUAGCCAAGCCUUAGGCAUCAGUCUGAGAUUUGUGCUCUGGAUCCAGACUGACUGUUUAUUCUAACCAAUUAAGGUACACAAUGCAGUAAAAUACAGGUUAACAUAAAGGUUAACAUAAAGGUCUUGUAAGAGUCAAAAUGAUGCCUGUUGUGUUCUCAGCUGUCCUUCUCAGAUUCCACAGGGCUAUGCAUUUGUGAAAAUAAUUAUUCUUCUCACUCAGUUUGAGGUCUUCCAGUAAGUGGGCUUUUUGCUGGGGUUUGUUGACUGGUUGAUUGUUUUUGUAAGAAGAGGCAUCUCAACACAACAUCUUCUGUUGUGACUGGAUUAGAUCCUACUCCUUGUUCAGAUCAAUUUUGGACAUUUUUGAGACUUUGAGCAUGCCCAAAUUCCACAUUAUAGCUUUUCUGGGUGGAGAAGCUAAUGAGACUCGACUUUCUUAUGAACCCUUUUGAUAUCUACUGCUUAAAAAGCCCUUGUCUAACUUACAUUUGUCUUGAUGUUUAGAAGAUGGUAUUAUUAUCACAUACUGUACUCAAAGUCAACGUGAUAUCUGUAAGGAGAUUCUUGAAAAUGUGAAAAUAUUCACGGAGUAAAUGUGCAGACUGUGGGAGAAUUUGAUAUUCAUUCAAAUUUGACUAUCCAUGUUAAAUGUUGUGCACCUGCAUCAUGUACUAUUGCUCAAUUUAUGUCAUUUC